UGAAUUGAAUAGAUAAGGCAGUAGUACUGUUGUAUUAUUCAUUGAAUGAGGAAUAGAUAAAUGCCAAAAUAGUACUGGAAUCGUGUCCUAUAUCCCAGUAGGGGAGAGGUCGAAGAGCCUGGUUCGUCUGCGAUCCAAACAAUCAUAAACAAGGUCUUCUUUGGGAAUGUGGUAGCCAGAGAGAAAAUGGCGAUUGUUAGUCAUGACCGAUCCAGGGGAUUCUGGGGAAGUGAACGAGCGUGUGUGUGAGAUGGCAUAAGAGUUUGUACCAUGAGUGAAGAAGAUCACUUGAGAAGAGUCUUGGUGGAAGACAUACCAUCACUCGUGGUUGCCAGCAGCCAAUCAGCUGAUUUGGCUCCAGUGCAUAGUGCCAGGGUCAGGUCACCGAAUAGUGCCAGGGUCAGGUCGCAUAAUACACAAAGUAUGGAAAAAAGGAUGUUGGCAGACACUACUCAUGUGGUGGAGAAGCGACCUCAUGCCCCUGCCCCUGCAGCUGCCCUGGACACAGUGACUCGUGCCCCGAGUGGAGGGCCCUCGGGCCUGGCCAAUGAAUUGAGGGAUAAAUUAACGUUCAAAAACGGUGUUAUGAAUGGGAUGAAAAUUGGCACCACGGACGCCGAGGUGCAUGUGCCUGCUGCUGUGAAGUCCUCCAAGGCUGUUGUGUUGGACGAGCAGUGUUCGGAGUCUAGUCAUGAAUCUACGUCAAAGUCAGACAUUAAUGGGACGGUAUGUAAUGGGCACACCGUGUCAGAAGCAACCAGUAGCAAUAGCAUUGCCAUAUCAGAUACAUUUUCUAUUAAUUCUGAAAAGUCUUCGGAUUCCUCCCAUUCUUUCUCGGGUGCUCGGCCAAGGACAAGGAACACCUCGAACAGUUCGCAGAGCACCCAGCCAAAAAGUGACGUGGACCUCAGUUCAACCAGUGAAAGCCUAAUAGCUCCCGAAAUAUGCAUUAGCCCCGUGUCGUCAAGUAUAGACGACGAUCUAAAAGUGGAAUACGUGAACUAUGAAAACGAGCUUCAAAUGUCGGCCAUUAUGAGGCUAAUACAAAAAGAUUUAUCAGAACCUUAUUCUAUAUAUAAUAGAUAUUUUAUACAUAAUUGGCCCAAGUUGUGCUUCCUGGCCAUGUCUAAUGGAGAGGUAGUUGGAGCAAUUGUCUGUAAAUUAGAUGUUCACAAGAAGGUGACUGUACGUGGAUACAUCGCCAUGUUAGCGGUUGAUCAUAGAUUUCGGAAAAGAAAAAUAGGUUCAAAUUUGGUACAAAGAGCAAUUCGAGCAAUGGCCUCAGAUGAUGCUGAUGAAGUCGUCCUUGAAACUGAAAUUACUAACAAACCUGCACUUCGGUUAUACGAAAACUUAGGAUUUGUUAGAGACAAAAGACUAUUUCGGUACUAUUUGAAUGGAGUGGAUGCUUUGCGGUUGAAACUGUGGCUCAGAUAAAAUUUAGUGUCUCCCCAUCCAAAUGCACAAGAUUGAAAGAAAUUUUGGGCUUCGAUGUUUAGCAAACCCAGAUGUGGAAUACUGUCAGUUACCCUUCUGCUUCAUUCAUAAAGAUUUGCUACCGUAGUGAUGUGAUUAAUUGGCUUUACAGAGGAAAAUAAGUGCUCUUGAAAUGAGCCAAGAGUUGAAAUGAGUGAAUUUUCAUAUGGUUAUACGCUUUCUCUGAGAGUGGAGUUUUUGAGAAUUUUUUUUAUUUUUCGAGUGUAAGUUUUGUAUCGUUGUUAAUAUCUUUCAUAGACCUUGGAUACUCUUUUUAUCUGCAACUGUAAGCAAAGUGAAUUUUGGAAGACAUGUUUGGAUAUUUUUUUUAUAUUUUUUGUUUGGAAAUACCAGUAUUCUACUUAAUUUCAACAUCUGAUGCCAGGUAGUGGCAGAAAUGAAAAAAGUUACAGUAUCAUGUAGACCAUGAAUCAGGGACUCUUCCUAAACUGCGUUCCCUACACUAAUAUAUAUACAGUUCGUAUGUGUAUAUAUCAUAUAUAUAUUUUACAGAAUGGAACUUUGUAAAUAAAUGGCUAAUUAUUUUGUCUGUAUAUCGAAAAUAUAAAAAAAAUUAAAUUGUAGCCUUAAAGUGGAGGAAUAAAAAUGUACUUAUGUAGAUUGUUUUGAGGAAGCCUACCGUUUUCCUUAAGAGUGUGAACUGAGGGAGCUGAAAAUAUAGAAGACUAAAGAUGUAAUGUUUAUCAGAUAAGAGUCUUGCGGUGUUACCUAGUCAGUGGUUAUGAUUUAAUCAAAGAACCAUAGUAAUGCAUAAUAAUGAUCCCAAUGCCAUGCUUUGUUGUGGUUCUUUUGAACAUGUGUGAAUUAUACAAGGUAUUUUGUUAAUUACCUAUGUCAUACUUGAAAUUAAUUUGAUACCAACCAAAUUAUUUAUAUACCUCAUUUGUGGAUUAGUAGAAUUGAUACAGGAAAAAUUUCUUUUGACCUUUUAGGAUACCACUGGUGGGAUUCCCCUUUCAGGGUUGGAAUACCCUUUUAAAUCUGCUGAGUGAAUUCAAUCUUGUAUGUAUAUGAUUUUUAUACCAAGAUAUCAGAGAAUUAUCUUUUUUUCUUAUUACAGCUUUAUAUUUUCACUUUUUACACCAGGCAUAAGUAAUAUGUCCACAUUGUGCCUAACAUUUAAAAAUUCACUCAUUCAGAGCGCUCUUAUUUAGGAAGAUUAUUUUUCACAAAGAGGUUUGUCCAAACUGUUUAUACCGAAAUGUUUUCUUAAAACCCAGUGUUUUAUUUUGUAAAAAUUACCCUGACUACUCCAUUUGUAUUUGCCUUUAUAAUUAAGUCAGUGUUUAUAUUUUGCUGUUACCAGCAUUUGUAUGAUUAGAGUAGCUGUUUUGUUGUGAUGAGCUUUCUCUUAACUUUCUUUAUUUUUGCCUGUGAUGGCAAUGGUAUGACCUCCUCUGUUACGCUAGUAACCAUAAACUAUAUGAUACAUGUGUAUAGUGUUAAUUCAUUAACAGAAAAGCAAAAUAAAGUUUUUUAACAUA